CGUUCCGCAAGUCGCACACGCAACUCGCAAGGCAAGCAAGAGACGCUUCUUCCUCCCUCAACACUCAAAAAUUCAAAAUUUGCACUUUCCCGGCAAACCGGAGACAUGGAAGCCGAAUCGCUGGAAGGUGAAAUUACCCGUCGAAGCAACUUGCAUGGAGAUUCUACCAUUCGAGGCAUGGGAUCUGUUGUUGCUACGGUUAGUGGCUACCACGGUUCGGAGCGGUUCAAACUCAUCAAGCUUAUUAACCAAACUGGUGCAAACUAUGUAGGGACAAUGACUAGAUCGACGACUCAUUUGGUUUGUUGGAAAUUUGAAGGAAGGAAAUAUGAUAUGGCUAGGAGCUUUGGAACAUUAAUAGUCAGCCAUAGUUGGUUUGAGGAUUGUUUGAAGGAAGGGAAACGUCUUCCAGAGCGGCCCUAUAUCAUGCAAUGUGGGCAGAAAGUAGGGCCCUUGAUGUGGAAAGCACCGGUAUUUGCUGGUAAGGAGACUCUAUUCACUAGUAAAAGAGGUAAAGCCUUCAAGGAUCUGACCAAUGUUUGUGAGGACACUGAUGAACUUGUGGAAAUGGCUUGGACCAAUUCUCAUCUGUUAACUCAGAAAUUAUUACCUCGGUUGGAAGAAAGAAAAGGAAGCUCUCUUGUAACUCAGAAAAGCAAAGGUCAAAAAACUUCAAAGCAGUACAGGUCGGGUACUGAAGAUUGUUCUUUUGAGCCGCUUUUAUCUGGCAUGGUUGGAAUGCAACAAGAAUCUAGUCCCCAUCCAUCUUUAUUUUCAAAAAGACAUAAAACAAAUGUUGUCAGUGCUGUUGAAAGCACCAGUGCAGCUGGAACCACUAGAAAAAGCAGACGACUUGUGAAAAAGAAUGCUUCAGGAGGCAUUGUGGAGACUGCAGAUUUGAAUUUUGAAAAAGAAUUUUACUUGACUGAAACUUCUUACAACAUCAAUCAUGCAUCUAAUGAUUCAAAUGCUUUGAGGAAUGAGAACUCAUUGGCAGCCCAAGAAGCAAAUAACAAAAGAGAACAUGGGAAUGGUGAGCUGGAGAACCUUGAAGACAUUUCAGAGUUGAAUGACAUGGAUGUUUCAAAUAGUUUGGAUAGAGUGAGAGAGCUUGUACUUCCCACUCAAGAAAGGACAUCAGAAAAUGUUUGUCCUGAUAUUGAGAAGAAUUUGAAUGAGGAAUUUGAAGAUGUUUUAUCUGGAGAAACAGGUGAAUUACCUACUUCAACAGAUCUAUCAUGUGUCAUAUGUUGGACAGAUUUUAGUUCAACGAGGGGUGUAUUGCCAUGUGGACACCGGUUUUGUUAUUCAUGCAUCCAAAGCUGGGCUGAUCAUAUGGUUUCAAGAAGAAAAGUUUCAACGUGCCCUCUGUGCAAGGCUACAUUUGUGAGUAUCACAAAAGUGGAUGAUGCUGCCUCUUCUGACCAGAAAAUAUACUCCCAGACUAUUCCAUAUGCUUCAGGAGCAACUGAUGUUUUUCUGUAUCCAGAUCGAGAAAUGUCAAAUUUCGGAGCCCAGCCCUUGGUAGUGUCUGUCUGUUUCAAAUGUCGCUUUCGAGAACCUGAAGAUCUGCUAAUAACCUGCCAUCUUUGCCAGAGUAGAUGUGUACAUUCGUAUUGCCUGGACCCUCCUUUGGUUCCAUGGACAUGUGAUCACUGCAGGGGCCUUGGAAUGUUGUAUCAUAGCAUCCGCUAGUUCUAUCCUUCACAUUGAUGUUAUUUGGUUCCAACUGUAAGGAUGUCCCAGUUCUAUAUCAAUUUUGUCCGAAUAAUUGUGAUUUCUCCAGUAUCUCAGCUCAUUCAAUUUGCAAUAUUUAUGUGUUAUACAUACUGUUUC